ACUUCCUGUAGUGUUACAGCUCUUUUAGAAUUUGUCUAGCAGGUUUUCCGGUUCUCACCGGAAGACCCUUCCCUACCAUGUGUUUUUAACAAUAGAGGUAUUUCUGUUGCGAAGAUGAGGUGCCCUUAUAGAGGUUUUUUAAAUGUGUGGUUAUCCAUUUGAGUGGGUUUUUUUCUUCUCUCUUUCUGGAAUAUUUCGGAGGUUGUGCCGCGCUACGGUGCGCCGAGAGGCUUACCUCGGCUUCCGGCUACAGCUGAUGCUGCUUCCCUUCCACCCCCGUCGGCUUGGAGAGGCAGCUCGUUUCUCCAGAGCAUUUCUUUGGCUCCGCUGCACGUGCAGCUUUUGUUACCCUAUGGCGUCCGCCUCGGCCCAACCCGCGGCCCUGAGCGCCGAACAAGCCAAGGUGGUCCUGGCAGAGGUAAUCCAAGCGUUCUCGGCCCCGGAGAACGCCGUGCGCAUGGACGAGGCUCGGGACAACGCGUGCAACGACAUGGGCAAAAUGCUGCAAUUCGUGCUGCCCGUGGCCACGCAGAUUCAGCAGGAGGUUAUAAAGGCCUAUGGCUUCAGCUGCGACGGGGAAGGUGUCCUGAAGUUUGCCCGCUUGGUCAAGUCUUAUGAAGCCCAGGAUCCCGAGAUUGCCAGCUUGUCAGGCAAGCUGAAGGCGCUGUUCCUGCCACCCAUGACAUUGCCUUCCCACGGGCCUGCUUCUGGCAGCAGUGUGGCUGCCUCCUGAGGGUUGGCCCUCCCAUGCAACACUGACCAGGAAGGGAAGACCUUAAUGUUCCGGAGGAUAAUAAACGUGCCUGUGACUUAG